AUGGUAAAGAUUCCUAGCCAUGUUCUUUUAGAAGGGUUGGAGAAUCAGAAAGAAUUUGUGGUAGGACAGUUCUGUCGCUGUGCUGCUCCAUCCGGUGGUUUAAUUCACGCUGUUGUGAAUAAGAUUUGGGGCAGAAAAUGUCGCAUAUUUACCCGGAAAAUGGGUGAAUCAUCGUAUCUCUUCCACAUCCCGGAUGAGUCAACGCGGAAGUGGAUUAUCCAGAGGGGGUUAUGGCAUGUCGAUGACUGCCUAAUGUUUGUAUCAGCCUGGUCACCUGCUGCAAACAUAGCUAUCCCGGAGAUCAAAACUAUCCCAACUUGGCUAACGCUGAAGAACAUUCCAAGUCAGCUUUAUUCAUUCAAGGGCAUAAAGUGGAUUGCAUCUGGUAUUGGUGAACCAAUGCUUACCAGUAGACCUUGGUUGGAUCCAACUCAAAUAGGAGAAGCUAAGAUUUUGGUUGAGGUAAAGCUUGAUAAACCUUUUCCUCAAAAAGUUGCGUUAAAGGAAGAAUGUGGCACGAUCACCUUGGUUGAUGUGGUUUAUUCUUGGUUGCCUUCUAAGUGUAGUAAUUGUGCUCAAUUAGGACACAAGUCGUCUAGAUGUUUAGGCCUGAGUUUAGAGAAAGCUAGUGAAGAACUUCAGGUGAAUAACUUUGCUCCUGCGGUUAGUAAGGAAGCUUCUGGACCGGCUUUACAACCUGUUACAAAUUUGCCUGAGACUGAGACAGGAACAGAAGUAAAUGAACUUCAAAUCCCUGUUAGCACUCCUGCAGCAGAGAAAUCCUGCUCGGUUUCUACUCGUUCUCCGACCGUCGUCCCAGAGAAGAUUGUAAACCCUGCAAGCAUUCCUACAACAGAAAAAAUUACUCCGGUUUCUGUCCGUUCUAUGAGCAUUCCAGCGAAGAAAGUAACUUCAGCGAUUCCAGCUGAAACAGGUACAAACUCUUCUGUAUACAAGCUUUUAUCUUACCCCAUGGAAACUUCUACCUCACCCAUCAUCGACUCAGCUAUGACCUCAACAAAAGAGGCAUCAACUUCUCAACGAAGUUCUAACCCGACGGUUCCGACAACAAUUCGCCGGACUUUGUCUAGUGCAUCAUUGGGAAAUAACAGGUUUGCGUCUUUGGAUUCGUCCAAAGAUGAAGACGAAGCUCCACCACCACAUGAGGUUCCUGAAGAAAUAGAGUUCUUUACACCAUCGGGCAAAAGAUUCCUUCGGGAAAGGCCGGUUCCUCUGUCAAUCAAGGCUAAAGAAAUGCAAUAUGUAGCACGUGGACGAGGUAACCGGGGCCGAGGUAAUAGAGGUGGUCGUGGCGGCUAG